AUGGCUAAAACAAUAAGUAAAGACAUUGAUAAAUUACUUGCAUUACACGCACAAGCUACAAAAGUGUUAUCACAAACUCCAAAAUUUACAAGUGAAGAAACAUAUAAAAGAUCCAAAAAGCGGGAUCAUGAAGGGACAAUAAUAGGGAAUAACGAUAAGAAACAGUUAAAGAAGACAAAGGUAACUUUACCAAAAAAUAGUGGAAAUAUUAUAAAGAAUGGGACACCUGUUGCGGCCAAAACACCAAAAUCCAAAGAUCCAGAAGAGAAUUGGAUCUUAGCAACAGUUGUUGGUUACCGAGCUGAUAUUAAACAAUAUGAAGUAGAAGAUGCUGAUAAAGAUGAGGCAUCCAAUAGACCUGGAGAACGUUUUACCGUUCUCGCUAAGAAUGUUAUAGAAAUUCCCAAUCCUGGUGAAAUGCAAUUACCAGAAUUUCCUACUUCACAUUUAGUUUUUGCAUUGUUUCCUAGUACAACUUGUUUUUAUAGAGCAUUUGUGGUAACUCCACCAAGUAAAUUAACCCCAAAAUCAAAAUCACCACGUUAUAAACUUACUUUUGAAGAUGAUGGAAAUGCUGAACGAUUAGUUGAUUCACAGUAUGUAUUAGAUGUUCCGAAGGAAAACCCAUGA